CUCUGAUGCGGUGUCUUUUGAACUAUUAAAUUUCUGUUGUACUUGUACUUGUUCUUUCGUCAAUCUUUUUGAACAGCAAGAAUAUAACACGAUGAGUGCUAUUGCAGGACACCCUCGAGCUAUUGACUUGUCGCACACCAAGACGACUGUCGUGUCGCAAACAAGUCAAGAUUUGGUUGAAAAGACUCGUAGGGCAGAUUCACCACUGGAGGAUGGACUGCCUUAUCAACAGAGUAUCGCGCUUCUGCACGCUGCUCGCGAGCGACUCGUCUUCACAGAAGGCUACCCAGUUCCUUUACCAAAGACAGAGGAUGAACUUGUGGUAGAAAUCAAAGCAAUUGGCUUAAAUCCAGUUGAUUGGAAAUCAAUUGACUACAACUUCGCCAUCCCGCAACUCCCAUAUAUUGCAGGUCGCGACUUCGCUGGUGUUGUCAUCCGGGCACCUACCGCUUCUAGUCGCCUACGUGUCGGAGAUCUAGUCCUCAGCCCAUCGACGGAUUACCGCGAUAUCAGAAAGUCGGCUUUCCAGGAAUACGCAAUCUCCACACACCAGAAUGUAGCCAGGAUACCGCGGAUCAUUGCGACAACACAAGGCGCAUCGAUUGGAGUCGCGUUUGUGGCUGCAGCACUUGCACUAGGAGUCAGUCUCGGACUGAAAUUACCUGACCUCUCUGGCGAAAAAGGGGUCGAUCUCUGGGAUGCAGUCCGAAGACUGCCUUCAGGCGCACUCCCUGCUGAUGUUGAAGCUGAGUGUGUCUCCAGUAUCGAAGACAAUGAGCGUCUUCAACAUGGUGACCAUAUCGCCAUCUACGGUGGUUCAAGCACGAGCGCCCUGUUCAUUUCGGAGAUCGCGCGGCUGGGAGGACUCAGGGUUAUCCUUCUCGCCGAUGGCGUCAAACACGGAGGACGACUUGGCGAGCGCGAAGGCUGUAUUCUUGUUGACAGUCACGACCCCCUCAGAGCUAUUGAGAUUGUAAGAUCCAUCACAAAAGGACAACUCAGAUUUGCAGUCGACACAGUCGGUAAAGAGACGGCUGGAUACCUGGCUCAGAUGCUACAAAGCGACUCGCAAGAGGGGAGGAGAUCUCAUCUCGUGGGAUUGACCGGCGUGCCGAAAGAGAAGGUCGAUGGUAUUGUGGCACAUUCGGUGCCAAUCAAGGUCUUCCAUGAAGUCCCGUCAAUCGGCCUCAGCAUGAUGAAUUGGUUGGAAAGAGCGUUGGAGACUGAGGCAAUCAUCCUGCCAGAAGUCGAGCAGGCGUCCCCGUCAGGAUUAGAUGGUAUCAAUGCCGCGUUAGAUAGAAUGCGCCGCGGCGAGAUAUCAGGUCGCAGACUAGUGGUAUCGGUAUGA